AUGACGCGAACUCAAUGGCGUAGGUAUCAGCGCCAGAAAAAAGCAACAACAUUACAAGACAUCACCAAUGUUGACAAAGGAAAGGGUAAGCAGAAAGUUGUGUUCGAAAUGGUUAAAAAGCCAACAACAGAGAGAAUCUUGCCCCCAUUGUCAAUUUUGAAGAAAGAUCAUCCCAAAGAGGAUGAAGAAAUGACUUCGAAUUUCACUGGAUCUGACCCUAGUCUCGACAUAGUAUGCAAUGUGGUUUCUAUCCUACCUGUGGAAUAUGACGUUCAGUCAGAAAUUAACGAAGUUGAAAGUGAUUUCGUCGACGAAAUGGCAAUUCACAAGCCACUAUGUUAUUAUGUCAUGAAUAACGGUUGUGUAGAGGAGCAACAUGCAGUCUUUGAAAAACCAGACACUUCGAUGAAAGAGGGCGUUACAACAGCCACAGUGAACCUGCUUCCUCAAUCAUUCCUGGGAAAGAUUGGAGUCUACGAUUCUGAUUUAAAGCCUCAUAAUGUUAUUCUCACUAACUAUGAAGGCACUUCAGGAAAUUCGUUAGGUGCUAUCGAACUGGAAUUGGUGGUAGGUAGCACAAGAAGGAUAACAACAUUUAUGGUGGUCCCAUCAAAAGCAAACUUCAAUGUACUGCUGGGUAGAGAAUGGAUACAUGGCGUGGGUGCAGUCCCCUCUACGGUGCAUCAAAGGAUUACCAUAUGGAAAGAAGAUGGGCAAGUUGAGAACGUUGAAGCCGAUCAAAGUUAUUUCUUGGCUGAAGUAAACACUAUUACCAAGAAAAAUUUCGAUAAACAACUGGCACAUAUAGCCCCAGUCAUAUCUCCAGGACCCAAAAAGAUGACUUCGAGUGAUGAAAUAUACUCCAUGAAAUUACAACCAGAAGCAGGGUUCGUGUGGGAGAAAGAAUUUAGAGACCAUAACUUUGUAAUGGUCAACCAACAGGAAGUUCAGAUAGAGAACGAAGGUUUGCUCGAAACUAGAGCCCAAGCAUACAAAAAGAAAAGUACAGCCUACUUGGCCGAAAACGAAUUCCAAACGGCCAAAGAGGCUGAAUGUUUGAAGCAAGAGGAGAUCGAGAAGCUUGCGGACGGGUCCAUAGACGACGGUGUCGAAGACCAGAAAUUGGAUUGCAUUUAUGAUGAUGAACCAUUAGGCUUCGAAGAGGAUCCCAUGGGAUCCACUACAAAAAUGAAAGCGCAAGAUCCCCUCGAAGAAAUUGACUUAGGAGAUGGUACGGUCAAAAGACCUACUUAUGUAAGUGCCAAAAUCCCUGAAGGAUUCAAAAGUCAAAUUGCAGAGCUAUUAAAAGAAUACAAAGAUUGCUUUGCAUGGGAUUACAACGAAAUGCCUGGUUUAAACCGGGAAGUGGUAGAAUUAAAAUUACCAAUUCGACCAGACAAAAAGCCAGUCAAGCAAAUUCCUCGUCGUUUCGCUCCACAGAUCCUACCAAAAAUCAAAGAAGAGAUCGAUCGACUGCUGAAAUGCGGCUUUAUUAGGCCUGCAAGGUAUGUAGAUUGGCUAGCAAAUGUAGUUCCAGUUAAAAAGAAAAAUGGAACCAUAAGGGUAUGCAUAGAUUUUAGAGAUUUGAAUCUCGCUACCCCUAAAGACGAAUACCCAAUGCCGGUAGCAGAAAUGCUAGUAGAUUCAGCGGCGGGUUUCGAUUACUUGAGUAUGCUAGAUGGAUACUCUGGUUACAAUCAAAUCUUUAUUGCAGAAGAGGAUAUCGCUAAGACCGCAUUUCGAUGCCCAGGCGCAUUAGGGUGUUAUGAAUGGCUAGUAAUGCCAUUUGGUCUAAAAAAUGCUGGUGUUACAUACCAGAGAGCGAUGAAUUUAAUGUUCCAUGAUUUCAUAGAAAAUUUUAUGCAGGUUUAUAUCGAUGACAUUGUAGUGAAAUCUUCUUCGGAAGAAAGACAUUUGGAACAUUUACGCCAAUCAUUCGAAAAGAUGAGGCAAUAUGGAUUGAAAAUGAAUCCUUUAAAAUGUGCAUUUGAGGUUUGUGCAGGUGAUUUCUUAGGUUUCGUCGUGCAUAAAAAGGGGAUCGAAAUCAACCAGAACAAAACUAAAGCAAUAAUCGAAACCAAAGCUCCUUCUACAAAGAAAGAGUUGCAGUCUCUACUAGGAAAGAUCAACUUUCUCCGGAGAUUUAUAUCAAACCUAAGUGGCAAGACACAAGCUUUCUCACCACUACUCCGACUAAAGAAAGAUGAUGUUUUCAAAUGGGAGCCAGAGCACCAAAAAGCUUUCGAUGAAAUCAAGUCAUAUUUGGUAAACCCUCCGGUUCUUUCUCCUUUGUUGAAAGGCAGGAGAAUGAAAUUAUACAUAGCAACGUCAGAUGGCACCAUAGGAAGUAUGUUAGCACAAGAGGAUGAACAUGGCACAGAAAGGGCCAUUUACUAUUUAAGUCGUGUACUUAAUGAUGUUGAAACAAGAUAUCAUCCUAGUGAAAAACUUUGUUUGUGUUUAUUCUUCUCAUGUACAAAACUUAAGCAUUAUAAAAAGCCUUUUGACGUUUAUGUUUAUUCUCAUUUUGAUAUCAUUAAGCAUAUGUUGUCGAAACCAAUUCUACAUAGCAGAGUCGGAAAAUGGGCCUUGGCACUGACAGAAUAUUCGUUGACUUAUCAAUCAUUAAAAGCUGUCAAAGGCCAAAUUGUGGCCGAUUUUAUUGUAGAUCAUUCAGUAGACGAAAUUUUGACAACUGAAAUAGAAAACCAUCCUUGGAAUUUAUAUUUCGAUGGUUCCAGUCAUAAAAACGGUACUGGCGUGGGGAUAGUGAUAAUCUCGCCCAAACACCAUGUAUUUAAGUACAUGUUUCGAAUGAAUCAGCUUUGCUCUAACAAUGAGGCUGAAUAUGAAGCCUUAAUCACAGGUCUAGAAAUCGCACUCGAACUUGGGGCAAGAUACAUCGAAAUCAAAGGAGAUUCUGAACUUGUCCUUAGACAGAUGACAAAAGAAUAUAGGUGCGUUAAGGAAAGUUUGGUCACCUAUCAUGCAAUAGCUAGCAGAUUGUUAAAACAGUUCACCCAGGCGGAAAUUCGGCACGUACCUCGAAUGGAGAACCAACAUGCAAAUGAUCUGGCAUAG